AUGUUUACACUGGAGAAGGCCAUUGAUAAAGGGCUCAUCGAGCCGGAAGAAAAUCACAGUUUUCUUCAAAUCUUUGAAUACAUUCUUUCAAACAAAUUGCAGGCUAAGACAAACGAAGGAAUGUCCGAAAAAGAUGAAGAAACAAGGCUAAAACAGGACUCAGACGGACUGACCAGUCCUCCAAAUAUACUUUUCAACGUUCGUCCGGCAAAGAGCCGACUGCGGCUGUACUUUACUGCAGUCGCUGGUGUACUUCUUCAAUUUGGUGUGCUGGUAUUCUCUGGGUUUAUCACUUAUUAUCCGACGCUGGCGUUCCCAAAGGGAGAUAGCCCAGUGAUUGGCUACGCUUACCCACUCACAGCAUCCGGCACAUUGCUCCUUGUACUUGGUAUGCUGAUUUGCUCUUUUGUCGUCGAGCAGUUUACAAAUGAAGAGACUUGGAAGACGAAAGGAGGACGUAAGUUUGACCUCAUGUGGUUACAACAGGGGCAAGAAGUCAAUGACCAGAUGUUCGAUUCGUAUGCGAUAUUUGCUUUGGAAUCACGUGAUUCUAUCCUUACAUCUCGGUCUCGGCGUCAUCCUGAGCCUCUUUCAAUACCUCGCGGUACUAUUAAGUAUCGUGUCGCUGAAAUACUCUGUCGGAUAUGUCGUCCUCUCCUUCAGUUCUUCAACAAGGGAAACCACAAUCCGGCCGUUUCCUUGGCCAUCUUCAAAAUAUUAGUUAUCUCUGGGACUCUAAUCAGUAUUUGUGGAUUUGUCGUUCAAUUUAUAGGUUUACGCGAAAUGCAUUGGUCGGCUACCAUCGCGCAGCUUUCGGCAACUUUGAUCAUGGUUGUCUUAAGAGCAUGGGUUCGAUGGGACCUCGCAAGUCGUCCUCAUUCCCAGAGGGUUGCUCAAGGACAUGAACUUGAUUGGCUUGCAACUAGAAUCGCAAGAGAACAGAAGGGCCCACGCGUUGAUAAAGGUCUGUGGGCUAAACCUGACUCUAAUGACCCCUUCUGGACCAAUGAAUGCUGGCGAUGGGAAAUUAUAACGGGGGGAGACGUGGAAGGAUAUGAGAUACGCAACCCUCAGGACGACAGCACUGAGAAUGUGGAGGGCCUUACUAAUGAAUGGAAGGGGCUCACGGUAGAUGGGAAGGACCUCGCGGCAGAUGAAGUUGUCAAAGUAAGGCAAAGAUUGGGGCUGCUGAGCCACUGGCCCAGUAAAGCCUCCCAACCCGCGAUUUCUGUUGCCAUUGCAGUUGAAGCUGUGAUGAAUAAUCUUUUCACUGGCACAAAUGACAAUGGACCAGGUUCUUUGACUUGGUCGAUGGAUGGUCUUGUUGAUGGUAAAUCUCAGAAGAUUUUCUUCAAAUUGAGGAGAAACAACAACCGGUGGACCGCUGAUGCUACGGAGAUAGAAGCUGCACUUUCAUUAUGGCUCUAUUCUGUUGGUGAUAGCGAGCGAACCGAGGCAGAGGGAAGAAAGGACAGCAAGGAUAGUUUCCAAAAGCCGCAAGAAAACGGUAUGCGAGACUGGUUGCGGCUGGGAAAUGCAGCUUUAAGAAAGGAAAACAUCCGCCUUCUUGGCAUGAAUAAGCCUGCAUCUGGCAGAGAUUUGACAUGGUACCUGGGUGAGAAGGUCAGUUCAAUUUCGAUUGUUCAAGAGAAUGGAAGCAACGAGAAUAGUACCUCGGACAUGAUUAUCAUCGAAAGCCGAAGAGUGGUCGGUUUCAGGGGGAAACCAGCAACUAGGUCUUUCAACGCUAAGACCGUUUUCAAGAGGAGAGAUCCAGUUCUGUAUGAUGUUGGGAUAGAACAAGAUACAAACCCUUCCACUAAUGAGGAGAUAGAGGAAGAGACAAAUCGUUCAACUUUUGAGAUAGAGGAAGAUACAAACCCUUUCACUAAUGAGGAGAUAGAGGAAGAGACAAAUCCUCCCAGUGCCAAAGAGUACCUGGCAAUGGUGUCAGACACGCCGCUAGAGAUGUUACUGGCGCAAGAAAUGUUCUCAGCCUUUAUGUGGGGAGUUGCUAAGAGAGUGAGUCGAAUUGAAGGUGACAGCAAAGUCCACCGGAAUGACAACAAAAUCGCAGGUAGUGCAGAAGGUUGGCGAAACAUCCGGCUUGAAAACUCCAAAUUGCUAAGAGCUGCCGAGGCAUUCCAAAAGGCAGGUUUGGGCAGCGUUGAAGAUGCAUACUCUACUAUUAUACCGCCGCUCAGUUUGCAAGGAAAGCUUCCUGUUGCGUUGACUGUGGUUGAGUACGCACGGGGUAUUGCUCAAGAGGCUGAAGCGGCGAGACAUUGGGAACUGGCGGGUGAGAUCUACCUGUGGCUAUUUGAGGUAGGAAAGACCUUUGCCACGUCCAACUUAUUCGUGGUUACGGCUACAGCCAUCUUGACCGAAUUUAGUAGCCUUGUCGACUGUAUGUUGGAAGACUUGAAGGCUCAGCAACGAAGCGAAGAGACUUUGGACAUGCUUAUAAAUUUGUAUGUCAGAUUAUCAGAGGCUUUGGAAACGGCCGAUAACUCCAUUCGGGACGUACUUCGGUUGAUGUACGUCAUUCAGCAUCGAGAUGAGAGAGGCAAACACAAAAAUCCUGGUCCGGAUGGCCAAGAAAUCAUAACAGCUUUGGACGUUCUAGCUGGCCCUCGGUUUUUCCGGUCUAACGGACCUCCACCAAGCUACUACACAGACAUACUUGGGUGGACGGCCCUACAUUACGCGGCUAUAGCAAGUGACUGGGAUACAGCUCAAACUUUCUUCGAGACCAGAGCCUCCAAAACUAUAAAUCCAAACUUGAGAACGUUAGCUGGAUGGACAGCACUUCAUCUUGCAGCCUAUAAGGAUCCUUGCACAGUGGGCUGGAGGCUGGCAGAUCAAAGAUGUGAUUUGGAGAUACAAGGGAGAGAUGGCAUGCGACCAUUGCACGUCGCAGUCAGAGAGGGCAGUAAAGAGAUGGUACGGUGGCUACUUGAUGCGGGCGCUAACAUAGAUGCUCGCGACAGUGCCGGCCGUACACCGCUACACUGGGCUGCACACAGUGUGAAUUCCGAGUUAGUUGCCCUCUUAAAGGAAAAAGGCGCAAACCAUGUCUCACGCGAUGAGAAUGGAAGGAUACCUUUGCACCUUGCAGCGAUUGCGCGAUAUACAGCAUCGCUGGAAGACCUCGCAGAUGAUGAUACCAUAGAAGCACAUGACAGAAUGCAAUCCACUCCUUUACUUCUUGGAGCAAUGAUGGGAGCUGAGGAUUUCGUAAAAAAUCUCCUACAACUCAAAGUCAAUGUCAACACAAGACACAGAGAUGGUCAGACACCACUAUCAUGGGCGGCCAGGAAAGGGCACGAGUACGUGGUCAAGCUGCUGAUUGGGCAGGGCGCGAAUGUAAAUUCCAAUGAUAUUUUUGAUCGGACACCAAUAAUCGGCGCGGCCGCGAAUGGGCAUGAGACCGUGGUUGAGGUGUUGAUCGAGAAGGGCGCGGAUGUAGAUCCUAAAGAUAAGUAUAAGCAGACGCCAUUAUCUUUCGCGGCAAGGAGCGGGCAUGAGACAGUGGUUGAGGUGUUGAUCGAGAAGGGCGCGGAUGUGGAUUCUAGAGAUUGGGUUGGUCAGAAACCAUUAUCAUGGGCGGCCAGGAGAUGGCAUGAGACCGUGGUUGAGCUAUUGAUCGAGAAGGGCGCGAAUGUGGACUCUAAAAAUGAGUUUGGUCAGACACCAUUAUCUUAUGCGGCGGAGGAGGGACAAAUGAUCAUAGUUGAGCUAUUGAUCAAGAAAGGCGCGCAACGUUGA